UUGUUUUCUUCAGUUUUUGGUAGUAAGAUUUUUUGGGUCACACAAAUCCUCUUCCCUAUCUAUCAUCGAGGCUGAUUCACCCAAGGGAAAAAGAGCCGCACUUUUGUCAUUAGGACAUAUUACAGCGGAAGGAGGAAAAAUUGUGAUUCUCAAGACAAGAAGACUUGGGCACAUUUCCCGUAAAUUCCAACAAGUAUGAGCACAUUAGAUGUAGGCAGAGCUGAACUUGCUCUUGCAGUGUUAUAUUUGAACAAAUCAGAAGCCAGGGACAAAAUAUGCAGGGCAAUUCAAUAUGGUUCAAAAUUCUUGAGUAAUGGAGAGCCUGGCACUGCCCAGAAUGUUGACAAAUCAACCAGCUUGGCUCGGAAAGUUUUCCGUCUAUAUAAGUUUAUCAAUGAUUUGCAUGGUCUUAUUAGCCCAAAUGCUCCAGGCACUCCACUUUCACUCAUUUUGUUGGGAAAGUCUAAAAAUGCAUUGUUGUCAACGUUCUUAUUCCUUGAUCAAAUCGUAUGGCUUGGUAGGACAGGCAUCUAUAAGAACAAAGAGCGUACUGAGCUGAUUGGCAGGAUCUCUCUCUUCUGUUGGAUGGGCUCUUCAAUCUGUACCACCUUGGUUGAGCUAGGGGAGCUCGGGAGGCUUUCAGCAUCAAUGAAAAAAUUGGAGAAGGAACUUAAGAAUACCGAUAAAUAUAAGAAUGAGCAAUACCGUGUCAAACUACAGAAGUCAAAUGAAAGGUCUCUGGCCUUGAUUAAAGCAGGAAUGGACAUAGUUGUUGCAGUUGGAUUGCUUCAACUUGCACCGAAGAAAGUUACUCCCCGUGUAACAGGAGCCUUUGGCUUUGUUACCUCUCUGAUUUCUUGUUAUCAGUUGCUUCCUUCACCGCAGAAGGCCAAGACGCCUUGAAGUUGGACUGAUUGUCAGCCGGUGUCUGUCUCAGUUAAAUAAUUAUUAUUCAUGUCUGAGAGUUAAAAACUUGUGGCUGUAUGAUUGACGUUAUUCUUCCCCUUGGUUAGAAGCUGCACUAUAACCACCUUUCAUUUUGCCAUAUGAAUCUCUAAUAAUGAUGUUUUACAUGAAAAUCACAUUGGCUGUUGCUUUAUUAGAGUAACUUUCCACAUCUAAGUUUUCUGAUUUA